UGUAUACUUUGGGUCUUUCUUAUUAUUCAACGCUAUAUUAGAUAGGGUUGACUUUCUCUUCAAGAUCUAUAUAACCACCACUGUACCCAUUCAUCUACACAAAUCAGCUGUAUAAUUAGAAUUUGAGACAUGAUUCAUCCCGGCACUCAUUACAUAGACCUGCCUAUCUCUAUAAAAGAACCAGAGGCCCAGUCAGACCACACAGUCAUUUGACUUCUGUUGGGGUAAAUAAAUAAACCCUUGUUCCAGAAAACAUGAAGAUCCUUUGUUCUCCUCUGAGUAUGUGUGUUCUGCUCUUGGGGAGCUUGGUUGCUCUUUCUUCAUCUCUUCCAAGGAGGUCCAGCAAGUAUGGGAACUCAAACAGGAGAGACUUUCAUUUUGCACAGGAAUAUCUCUCGAAGUAUUAUGGCACGGAGGGGGCCCUCGUAGGCAUGCUGGAAGCACCUGACAGCCCCCUGCCCCCGAAGCUCAGGGAGAUGCAGUCGUUCUUCGGUCUCAGGGUCACAGGGAGGCUUGACCACAGUACAAUGGAGAUGAUGCAGGCUCCUCGCUGUGGAGUCCCUGACGUGGAAAAUUACCGCAUCUUUCCUGGGACCCCCAAAUGGAGACACCAUACACUAACAUACAGAAUAGUAAAGUAUACAUCUCAUCUGAACCGCGCUGAGGUGGACCAUGCGGUUGAGAUGGCUCUGAGCGCGUGGAGCAGUGUUACUUCACUCAACUUUCAAAAGACCUUCAGCGGGGAGGCAGAUAUCAGGAUCUCCUUUGAACUGGGAGCUCACGGAGACGCAUACCCGUUCGAUGGUCCAAGAGGCACACUGGCACAUGCUUUUGCCCCUGCAGAAGGUCUCGGUGGAGAUACUCACUUCGAUGGAGAUGAAUCCUGGACCAUGGGAACCAGUGGUUUCAACUUGUUCACGGUAGCCGCUCAUGAGUUAGGGCAUGCCCUGGGCCUGGCACACUCCAGAGAGCCCUCGGCCUUGAUGUACCCCACUUACAAAUAUCGGAACCCCAAGGGCUUCAAGCUGCCCACAGACGACGUGCGAGGCAUUCAGUCUUUAUACGGUCACGCAACAACGAAGGUGCCUGAGAACCCUCACCCCCCAGCUGCCAUCCCUCCACAGCCUCCAGCGCAUCCCACCCACACCCCCCAUACAUGUGACCCCAGCUUGUCUUUCGAUGCUGUCAUGGUUGUGGGGAAAGAAUUGCUCUUCUUUAAAGAUGGCUUGCUCUGGCGUAGACAGUCCCAGCUGAAUGACGUCAGGCUGGGCUACCUCAGAAGCUCCUUUCCAUAUCUGUUGACAAGUGUGGAUGCAGCUUAUGAUGUCCCAGAGAAAGGAACUGCCUAUCUAUUUAAAGGCUCUCAAUACUGGACUUCAAGAGGAUUUCAGAUGACAGGUAGCCCAAGAUCAAUCUCUGAUUUUGGACUUCCAAGCCGCGUGAGACAUGUGGAUGCAGCCGUUUAUCUGAAGGACAUUAAAAAGACCCUUUUAUUUGUCGAUACUCAGUUUUAUAGUUUCAAUGAAGCCAAACUAAAGAUGGAUGAAGGCUAUCCUAAAAACAUUGAAGAAGAGUUCUCAGGAAUCGGUGGUAAAGUAAAUGCUGCUGUUGAAGUAAACGGGUUCCUUUACCUGUUUUCUGGAUCCAAUGCUUACAAGUAUGACAGCGAACGAGAUGAAGUCACGCGAGUUGUAAAAGCCAACUCCUGGCUCGGAUGCUAGCUUUAAAUUCCAAUGCAAUUCCCACAUUAGGAGGGCACUGGCUGGACAUUUUAACUUUACUUUUCUAGAUAAAAAAAAUAACAAGACCGAGACAUUACAAACAAGGGUUUUUAACGUUUUGUGAAAUACAUUUUUUUUUAAUUACAUUUUUAAUAUUAAUGACCCUUGGGGGGGGGGAAAGAGAAAAGCCUUUGUUUGUUUUCAGGAACAGUUUGUAACUAACACAUUCCGGUUACCCAUGUCAUGCUUGUCUGUGGAAUGAAUCACAGUUUGUAACUAACACAAUCUGGUUACCCAUGUCAUGCUUGGCUAUGGGAUGAACACUGAUCUUCUGCAUUUUGCAAACCUUAAUAGAAAAAAAGAUAAUAUUACAUGGAACUGGAAUAAAAUGGUCUUUUCCUCAUUAAAAAAUUUACUUUAAGAAAACAGAAAAGGAAUUGAUCUAUUUUUUUUUUUCUCUCAACUUAUUGUACUGUGUCACCUAAUUGCAAGAUCUUUUUUCUCAUCCAAACGAGGGUAUGGUUUGGGUUUUUUCCUCAUGCACAUCUUUCCAGGGGAAGCUCUCAGAUCUACAAAGUGGAUAUUUUCAGCUCUGUUCAACCUGCUAGAAAGAUCACAACACAGACUUACAGAUGCGUGUUUAUACUAUGAAUGUAUUGCUAAACAUAUGCAAAAGCAAUUCUUUCAUUUACUGUGUUCAUGUUUUUAUUUUAUUUUUCUCUGUGGAAACGGAAAGAGUUGUAAACGAAUAUGGGUUCCCCCUAAAUAUUUGUUCCCCCAGGAACAAAUAUUCUGGAAAUAUUUGUUUCCACCAGCGAACAUUUGUUCCCCCCUACAUGCAUGUUUGUUAUUUGUAUGUAAAUGAUGCAGGUAUAAUGCUGGUAAAUGUGAGCAAUGCUUGCAGGCUGUUCUAUUGUUGUAGGUGAGACUGGACCUGUCAGAGGGGACUGGAUGGUACAAGUUUAGGGUUAGUGUUGGGGAAAGUGGUCUUAAAAUUAAGGUUUCAGUUGAAAGUGCAUGGAUAUAGACUUAUAUGCAAAGAAAGAUUACUUAGUUACAAAAACAUAAGAGGGUACAAAUAUUUGGAAGGGGAGCCAAUAUUCCAGAAUAUUUGUUCCCAGUAGGAACGAAUAUUCAUUUCUGGGGAAAUAAAUAUUUGGGGCAAACAUAUAUUCUCUAACACCGUGUUAAAUAUAAAUUAAAUAAAAAUGUACGGCUCAGGAAUGCUCUUCUUCAUUGGUGUGGCGUGGUCAUGACAGAUACGUCGUUAACUCUUGCAUGGCUGGUCACAGCUGACAUUGGAAACAUGGGUCUGUAUUUUCGACUCUGGCCAGCUCGUAGGCAGGUGUCCCACUCCUUGACAUGUGUGUGAAGUGGACAGUAUGCCCACAGUGGCAAUAUCGGUCAGGCCCAAGGAGUUGUGACCCAAAAUGUCAAAACUGACCUUUACUGGGCAGGAUGUCAUGCAUUCCAUUGUGUUGGAGCUGUUCUUGUUGCGUUGUCGUAAUAAUACCCUCUACGAGGCUGCUGACAGCCUCUACAGAAGUUACUCAAAAACACAGGUAAUAUCAAAUACACUGUGGCUCUGAAUCUGUAGGCUCAGAAUCUGUGACAGCAGUGCAGUGUUACACCGAUACGCAUAAUAGUGUAAAUAAUUCACAAUAAUUGCCACCUCAAGCUUUCAACACCUCCAUUGAGAAACAUUGCUGUAAACAGAAACAAUUAUAAUUGAUAAAUUACAUGCACAUUCUUCAGAGAUUAGCUGUGAAUAUAUGGGAAUUGUGUAACGUUUCACAGAAAUUCCUUAUGGUCCUCCAUAUAUCCCCAUAUAAAUGUUUUUGUUUAUAUGUCGUAAUGCUAGGAAUAUAACACACUCCACUUUCGAUAGAUUGGUAAAAUGUAUGUAUGUUAUGUACAGGUUGCAGGUUAUAUAUACUUGGGGCGCAGUAUAAUUGAGUUCUAUUAUUCUAUAUAGUGUACGUUAGUGUGGUAGGAUAGGAUACAAGAGAAAGAUAUAAUGAUGGUGCUACUCGUGUCUUACAUAGGGUCUGUUAAUUAUACCUUUCAAAUGAUAUUCCAUUUGUGAAAUAACCAGUGGUCUAGUCGAGCUGGAACGUGCCGGAACGACGUUUUCUAUCGGCAGCAGUGCUGUAGUCAAGCAGAAACACGCAUAACAGGCAAGCUAAGUCACAUGACUCACAUCUCCCGCACAACUGUCUGCUUCAGUCAGUAGUCCUCAUGAUGCAAUGAAAAGAGCAUUAGGAACAUCUUCUAUUACGAAUUACUGUAGACACAAACACAAACUAAGCCACAGACACACAGACAGGUAAAUAAAGUAAAGCAUUCUGCCAAGAUGGAGAAAGACACGAAAAGAAAAGCACAAGAAUAAAACACAGGGGGGCAAACCUUGUAUUAGAUUUUGGAAUUGCUAUUUGCUAAGAGCUGGGAGCAGUUUUUCUGUUGCUCCUGAUUAUCAAGGCUUACAGAAAAGAAAAUGUUGCCAGUAACUGCAUCAUGUAAUGUGCUGCAUGCCUUUUCUUAGCUGGACUGGCUGCAUUGGACAUAUAAAUACAUGCGUGCUUACACAUAGUUACAAUGUUAUUAUGCAUAGUUACAAUGUACUUCAUGUGUCAAUCUUUUUGCACAAUGUAUAUGUAAGUACACAAUUGUAUCAGAAAAGGGUUAGGGUUAGGGUUAGGGUUAGUACUAUGCAUGAUAACAUUGUAAUUGUGUGUAAGUACACAUGUAUUAAUAAGUAACUACCAUGUAAACACACAGUAAUUAGAGACGCAGUGUA